UCGAACUGCGACGUUGCCCAGCGCAACGUUUACCGAUCCGAGGCGACUGAUAUGUAAACGUCAAGCUAGUCCUUCAUAUUUUCAAACAACGGGGCAAUCAAACUCAAGUCUUUACAUUUAAUUUAAAGGUAGUCAAUGCCAAAGAUAAGUAGUGACACGCUAUGGGAGUUGGCCUCUGCGGAGGUUCAGAGUCGGGAGGACGGGACAGGAGGGGAGGAGGAUGGCGGAGUUGAUCCAGGGUCACUCAACGAGAGAACCGUGUUCUUCAUUGGGAAUAAAGCAGGGGGUAAAACUACAAUUUUGCUCCGGUGCCUCGACAGGGAUGAACCUCCUAAACCAACUCUAGCGUUGGAGUACACCUUUGGUAGACGGGCGCGAGGACACAACACUCCCAAAGACAUAGCUCACCUGUGGGAGCUGGGAGGAGGUACCUCCCUGUCAGACCUGGUUCAGAUCCCCAUCACUGCUCAGAAUGUUAGGUCUCUGUCUGUGGUGCUGGUUCUGGACCUGUCCAAGCCCAAUGCUCUAUGGGGAACCAUGGAGAGGCUGCUUCAGACAACACGGACCCAGGUGGAGAAAGCUUGCUCCAAGCCACAAAGGACACUAGAGUCCAAAGCUGGGUCCAAGCAGCAGGCCCAGAACAGACCCCUAAUGGUCCUCCCUAAAGACCACCCGGACAGAGAGCUGAUCAACCCCUUCCCUGUUCCACUGGUGAUUAUUGGCAGCAAGUUUGAUAUAUUUCAGGACUUUGACUCGGAGAAGAGGAAAGUGAUCUGCAAGACCCUUCGGUUUAUUUCUCAUUACUACGCAGCUUCUUUAAUUUUUACCAGCAGCAAGUCUGAGAGCUUGAUGUCCAAAACUAAGAGCUUAUUCACACAACUAGGAUUCGGGACAGAGAAGGGGAAAUAUAUGUCCUCUGACCUCAGUAAGCCUCUAAUCAUUCCUGCUGGGAUGGACUCUCUCAGCCAGAUAGGUUCUCCCCCAACCACAGAUGUGGACAUUGGGACUCUUCAUGCUAAAAACCCUCUAGAUCUGUGGAAGAAAGUGUUUGAGGUCGUUUUCCCUCCUGAGAACACCAGUGACCACCACAGAGAGCUGAAGGACCCAGCAAAGGACCCCCAGUAUAGUGAGCCCCAGAUUGACUCCAUGAGGGCCCAGAAAGACACGGAACUGGAUCAGUACAAGAGAAACGCGUCCAAAUCUUGGAAAGGCCUGGAACUGGAGACCUAAUUUAAUGGACUCAUCAGCUCUCUCAUCCAAUGAGAUCGAAAUAACAGAAUGUUCUAAGGCACCGACAGACUUCAGCCAUGGCAGAUACCUAUCCAGUCUUUUAAUAAACUGUACAGACUUCAGCCAUGGCACAUACCUAUCCAGUCUUUUAAUAAACUGUACAGACUUCAGCCAUGGCACAUACCUAUCCAGUCUUUUAAUAAACUGUACAGACUUCAGCCAUGGCAGAUACCUAUCCAGUCUUUUAAUAAACUGUACAGACUUCAGCCAUGGCAGAUACCUAUCCAGUCUUUUAAUAAACUGUACAGACUUCAGCCAUGGCAGAUACCUAUCCAGUCUUUUAAUAAACCCAACAGACUUCAGCCAUGGCAGAUACCUAUCCAGUCUUUUAAUAAACUGUACAGACUUCAGCCAUGGCAGAUACCUAUCCAGUCUUUUAAUAAACUGUACAGACUUCAUUAUCAUAUACUGUAGAACAUUUCAUAUUGAUUGUUUUGGCUUCAUACAGUUGAAGUCGGAAGUUUACAUACAUCUUAGCCAAAUACAUUUAAACUCAGUUUUUCACAAUUCCUGACGUUUAAUUAUAGUAAAAAAUCCCUGUCUUAGGUCAGUUAGGAUCACCACUUUAUUUUAAGAAUGUGAAAUGUCAGAAUAAUAGUUGAGAGAAUGAUUUAUUUCAACUUUUAUUUCUUUCAUCACAUUCCCAGUGAGUCAGAAGUUUACAUACACUCAAUUAGGAUUUGGUAGCAUUGCCUUUAAAUUGUUUAACUUGGGUCAAAUGUUUCGGGUAUCCUUCCACAAGCUUCCCACAAUAAGUUAGGGGAAUUUUGGUCUAUUCCUCCUGACAGAGCUGGUGUAACUGAGUUAGCUUUGUAGGCCUCCUUGCUUGCACUCGCUUUUUCAGUUCUGCCGACAGAUUUUCUAUAGGAUUGAGGUCAGGGCUUUGUGAUGGCCACUCCAAUACCUUGACUUUGUUGUCCUUAAGCCAUUUUGCCACAACUUUGGAAGUAUGCUUGGGGUCAUUGUCCAUUUGGAAGACCCAUUUGCGACCAAGCUUUAACUUCCUGACUGAUGUCUUGAGAUGUUGCUUCAAUAUAUCCACAUAGUUGUCCUACCUCAUGAUGCCAUCUAUUUUGUGAAGUGCACCAGUCCCUCCUGCAACAAAGCACUCCCACAACAUGAUGCUGCCACCCCCGUGCUUCAUGGUUGGGAUGGUGUUCUUUGGCUUGCAAGCCUCCCCCUUUUUUCUCCAAACAUAAUGAAUGUCAUUAUGGCCAAACAGUUCUAUUUUUGUUUCAUCAGACCAGAGGACAUUUCUCCAAAAAGUACGAUCUUUGUCCCCAUGUGCAGUUGCAAACCGUAGUCUAGCUUUUUUAUGGCGGUUUUGGAGCAGUGGCUUCUUCCUUGCUGAGUGGCCUUUCAGGUUAUGUCGAUAUCGGACUCGUUUUACUGUGGAUAUAGAUACUUUUGUACCUGUUUCCUCCAGCAUCUUCACAAGGUCCUUUGUUGUUGUUCUGGGAUUGAUUUGCACUUUUCGCACCAAAGUAUGUUCAUCUCUAGGAGACAGAACGUGUCUCCUUCCUGAUCGGUAUGACGGCUGCAUGGUCCCAUGUUGUUUAUACUUGCGUACUAUUGUUUGUGCAGAUGAACGUGGUACCUUCAGGCGUUUACUCCCAAGGAUGAACCAGACUUGUGGAGGUCUACAAUUUAUAUUCUGAGGUCUUGGCUGAUUUAUUUUGAGUUUCCCAUGAUGUCAAGCAAAGAGGCACUGAGUUUGAAGGUAGGAAUACAUCCAAAAUACAUCCACAGGUACACCUCCAAUUGACUCAAAUGAUGUCAAUUAGCCUAUCAGUAGCUUCUAAAGCCAUGACAUAAUUUUUGGGAAUUUUUCAAACUGUUUAAAGGCACAGUCAACUUAGUGUAUGUACAUUUUUGACCUACUGGAAUUGUGAUACAGUGAAUUGUAACAUUAGAAGUUAAAUAAUAUGUCUGUAAACAAUUGUUGGGAAAAUGACUUGUGUCAUGCACAAAGUAGAUGUCCUAACUGACUUGCCAAAACUAUAGUUUGUUGACAAGAAUUUUGUGGAGUGAUUGAAAACUCCAACCUAAGUGUAUGUAAACUUCAGACUUCAACUGUACAUAGAUGUUCCUAUUCAUACAUACUACUGUUACAAGUAGGCUAUUUUGAAAAAGAUUGUUUACUUGACUUUUUUACAACAAGAAAGAAAAACAAAUGAUUUAUUUUUAUAAGGAGAUCCCAACAGAUUGCAACAUACUGGCAUGUCACUUUCUGCGAGUGGAAAUACAUUAGAUAUACAACAAUAUACCUUUAAGUAAUAACAGCAUUACAGUAGUAUUACUUCUUUAUACUGUCAGAAUCAUUUACUAGAUUUGUUGCCAUACUUCCAGUAGAGACGUCACAUUUACAGUGCAUUCCGAAAGUAUUCAGACCUCUUGACUUUUUCCACAUUGUGGUACGUUACAGCCUUAUUCUAAAAUGGAUUAAAUAUAGUUUAUGUCUCAUCAAUCUAUACACAAUACCCCAUAAUAAAGCAACAACUGUUUUUUAGA